AUGGUGCAAGAAAUUGGAGCAGAAACUAGCAGUACUGUGGUAGAGUUCUCAAAAGUCUAUGGCCCUGUGUUCACUGUGUACUUUGGCACGAAGCCCAUUGUGGUGUUGUAUGGAUAUGAAGCAGUGAAGGAAGCCCUGAUUGAUAUGGGAGAGGAGUUUUCUGGAAGAGGCAGUCUCCCAUUGGUUGAAAGAGUUAAUAAAGGACAUGGAAUCAUUUUAAGCAAUGGAAAGAGAUGGAAGGAGACCCGGCCUUCACCAUGUGAUCCCACUUUUAUCCUGGGCUGUGCUCCCUGCAAUGUGAUCUGCUCCAUUAUUUUCCAGAAUCGUUUUGAUUAUAAAGAUCAGAAUUUUCUUAACAUGAUGGAGAAAUUUCGUGAAAACAUGAGGAUUCAAAGCUCCCUGUGGAUCCGGGAAAAGCACAUCCAGCAGUCUGAAUUUACUAUUGAAAACUUGGUAACCACUGUACGUGAUUUAUUUGUUGCUGGCACAGAGACUACAAGCACCACCCUGAGAUAUGGACUCCUGCUCCUGCUGAAGCACCCAGAGGUCACAGCUAAAGUCCAGAAAGAGAUUGACCAUGUGGUUGGCAGACACCGGAGCCCCUGCAUGCAGGACAGAAUCCGCAUGCCCUACACAGAUGCCGUGGUGCAUGAGAUCCAGAGAUACAUUGACCUUGUCCCCAACAGUGUACCUCAUGCCGUGACCUGUGACAUUAAAUUCAGAAACUACCUAAUCCCUAAG